AUGGUCGCGGAGCAGUUCGACCAGCAAGUCCUCGGCAAGACCCCUGAGCAGCGCAAUAUCGAACCCCAGAGCAUCAAGGUCAUCGGCGCCGGCUUCGGGCGCACGGGCACGGACUCGCUCCGCGAGGCGCUCAACGCGCUCAACUAUAAGACGUACCACAUGGAGGAGUGCAUGAAGGGCUUCCACGGCGCGGAGAUCAAGGCGUUCAUGGACGGCGACCGCGCGGACGGCGCGCCGUUGGCGAACAUCUUAGCCCGCGAGGGCUACAACGCGUCGCUCGACUGGCCGAUGAGCGUCUUCUACGAGCAGCUGAUGGCGUUCAACGAAAGCGCCAAGGUGAUCCUGACCGUUAGAGAUUCCGCCGAAGUCUGGGCCAAGAGCUUCAUCUCGACGAUCGGGAAUCGCAUUCGCGUCCCCGGCGAACGGAACUUCGCGCGGCCGCCCUUCGCGCUCUUCCGUCCUUUCGUCGACCUGCUCGACAUGUGCGUCCGCAUGUACGAGUUGCUGGGCAUCGACUUCGACGAGUCCGGCGACGCGAACGAAGCGUCGGCGAUCGCGGCCUACGACGCGUGGAUCGCCAAGGUCCGGGCGACGGUGCCCGCGGACCGGCUCCUCGUCUUCAACGUCAAGCAGGGCUGGGCGCCUCUGUGCGAGUUCCUCGGGGUCGCGGACUGCCCGGAGGAGUUCCCGCACAGCAACGCGGGCGCGAACCUCGUCCACGAGUUCAAGAUGGCGGGCUACAUCGCCGACGCGUUCUUCCCGACCGUCGCGCUGCUCGCGCUGUCGGUGGCGUACUGCCUCAAGCGCUAA